GCGGCGGCUGCUGGCUUGCUCAAGGAGGCGCCGCCGCCGCCGGGAUCUCCGAGCUAGGAGCGAACCCCGGAAGGGGGGGAGCGGGCUCCCCCUCGCGAUCGGCGGGGACAGCCAGUCCUGUGGAACGAGGAGGCGGUCCCGGAGGCCCAGCGACGCCCGGGAAGGAGCAGGAGCCGGGCGAAGGGUGGACAUGAGCGACCACCUGAGACCAGCCUCGGACCGCUAGGGGCGGACCCAGCAGCCCCUUCCCCUCUCCUCGGAAUCUCGGAACCUAAGAGGAUGGAGCCAAAUACCUGUAAGACCAGCGAAUCGGAGGAAGACUACGUUGAGGAAGAGGAAUCUGAGGAGGAGUGUGUUCAAGGGGAAGCUACCAUCCCUUCUGACUCUCCUCAGCAGGAACUCUCAAAGGCUGACUAUAAGGAAUUUGGGGAUGGAGUUCCCUUAUCUAUUGUAGCCAAGAAAAUUCCGAAGAAAAUCAUAGCCCCAGCUGACUCAGAUGACUUAGAAGUUGGCAGGAGAAAGAGAAGGCGGAAACGCAGACCCCUGGCCAUCAACCUGACCAACUGCAAGUAUGAGAGCGUGCGUCGGGCAGCCCAAAUGUGUGGCCUGAAGGAGGUGGGGGAGGACGAAGAAUGGACUGUGUACUGGACAGACUGCUCUGUCUCACUGGAACGAGUCAUGGACAUGAAGAGGUUUCAGGUACAACCUCUGGACCCAAGAGCCUAAAGGGGCCAUGGUCCCUGAAUGAG